AUGGGCUCGCUUGGCACUGGACUUGUUUCGCCAGCUACUACACCGCCGCGACAGGUCGAUACCAUAGAUACCUUGGUUGACACGAUCAAAAGCUGCUUCUACUUCCUACGACAUGAUGCUAGUCUCCAGAAUGAGCAACAGAAGGCAGUCAAUGAGUCCAAGGGACCCAGCAAGACGGAGAAUGGCUUUAGAGAAAGCCUGAACGCCCGUACAAGAUUAGUGCAGGCAUGUCGGCUUUUGAUCAAUGCGCUGGAGGGACCUACUGAGACUUCGAAAAAUAUGGCGCUCGUAGACAAGCAUAGUCUGGUAUCCUUACAGACGAUCAACCAUUAUCGAAUCGCCGAAUUAGUUCCAGCAAAUGGUGACAUCAGUAUCGAAGCCUUGGCAGACAAAGUCAAACUGCCAGCCGAUACACUCGCUCGGAUCCUGCGACAAGCAAUGACAUAUCAGGUCUUCCGAGAGCCCCGCAAUGGAUACAUUUCACACACAGUGACUUCCAUGGAGAUACCGAGGUUGGAGCCCCUACUUACAUACCAGCUGGAAGUUUGCUUGCCAUCUUCACUAGGUCUCAUCAGAUGGCUCAAGCAGGGACAAGAGGAUGCGAUAAAAUCUCCGUUUCAGGUUGCGCACCACACGGAAGAUUCAUGGUGGGAGUAUGCUGGAAAGCGGCCGAGCCUUAUUCAAGGCUAUGGACGGUACAUGGAAUUGAUCACGAACGGUGGUCCACACGACGUAAGCCAUGUCGUAAGAGGAUUUGCGUGGGAGUCGCUAGGUGAGGCUCUUGUCGUUGACAUCGGAGGAGCGAAUGGUUUCGUGAGCGUGAUGCUUGCUGACGCAUUUCCAAGCCUUACCUUGAUGAUUCAGGAUAGCACCAAUCUUCAAGAGGUAGCUGAUGCAACAAUCCCAGCGCAUCUCAAAGGACGCGUAACGUUCACACCGCAUUCGUUCUUUGAACCUCAAAAAUCGACUAGCCGAGGCGCUGACAUCUUCUUGCUUCGACAUAUCCUUCACGAUUGGGCUGACGAAGAUUGCAUCACGAUUCUACGUCAAUUGACGCAGUGCUUGAAACCAGGCGCGAGCAUCAUCGUCGCUGAACAGGUCAUGAGCAUGCCAGGAGCUGUUGACAGAGAGCGGGAACGAGUGAUGAGAGCCUUAGAUAUGCAAAUGAUGGUCCAAUUCGGCGGCAAAGAGCGAACCCUGGAGGAUUGGGAGGGUCUGUUCCAACGGGCAGACGAGUCUCUGGAGAUGGUUGGAGUCGUGAAGCCAGACGGAAGUGCUGAUUCGCUGAUACAAUUAAAAAAGUCGUCAGAGUAA